CUGCAGUGAAGAAGGUGAGAAGGAGCGAGGGUGAUCCAUUAUGGCUCCAUGGGGAAUAACAGUGUUCAUCUCCCUCCUGGCAGUCCACAGUCUCACAGCCAUGGAUCAUGAACAGAUGAUGAACAUGAUGCAAGGCUACAACAAUUCCAUGAUGAGGUUCCCACCCCUGCCUCCAGACUUCAUGAAAAUGGCAACAACACUGAUGGCCAAGUGCUCCAAAAUGGGACACCCAACACCAAUGAUGAUGGAGAAGCUUCUGAACAGCUCUGUGGUUGAAGACAACAUGCCCCCCAAUCCAUUCCUCAUGCUCCAGACCCUCCUGUCCUCCCUCCCACUUCCCCUGGGGAUGACCCCUCCUCCUCUCCAGCCCAAUGACACCAUGGAGGUCCUGCCUCCAGAGAUGGACUGGGUAUCAUCUUUAACCUCCUUCUAUGAGUCUCAGUGUAAUGCAAGUCAGUAUAUGACUGAGAAGCUGCAGAAUUGCUCCAGUUUACCACGCUUGAUUGAUAUCAUGAGGAACUCUACGGACAGCACCCAGUGCUUCUUGCGGGCCUUUGUGGCUCCCCUUUCUUGGACGGCCUUGUUAACGAACGGUUCAGAUAUCGACUCAGGCGAUUUCAGUCUGCUGCUCUGGGGGGCCAAACCUUUCCUCCAGGACAUGCCACCCCCUAUCCUGGAGCUGCCUGCCCAACUGCAGCGCCCAAACUUGGCUGCGAUGAUGAGGAUGUUCAGUGAGGUGUUUAGCUCCCUGACUGCAGAGCAACGUGCACAGAUUUCUGAAUGGAUCAAGGAGCGGGUCACACAGAACUACUUCAACUGCAGCCUGAAUCCAUCACCUAGCGACAAACCCAAUAGCAAACCAGACAGUGGUUACAUGGAGCAGCAGAUGGCAGAGUCAAAUACAGAGGGGGAGAAAGGGAAAAAAGAGGAACAGACAGAAAAGGAUAAGGAGGAGGGAAAGAAGCCAAAAAGUGACAAUCAACAGGAAGACAAGAUAACAGAAGAGAAAGUGGAGGGGGAGAAAGGUCGUCCAGGCCCAGGUCCAGGCUGCCCACCCGGGAUGAUGUGGCUGAAGGCUGAAGUGAUGGAGAUGAUGGGCCCAUUCCUCACCUUGCUGCCCUCUGCUGAAUUCCAAACUGUCCCCAAAGCAGAGCUUUGUCAGUUCUUCCAGACACCACAAUUCCCAGAAUCCUUUAGAGGAGUAAGAGGUGUUACCCCCUACCUGGGCAGGAUACUCCUUGGCAGAUUGAAGAAGGAAUGUUUGCAAGAUAAUAAGCAGGUGCUCCUCCAACAACUGGGCAGACUUGGCUCGCUGGCAUGCUUCUACGAUGAUGACGCCACAUCUCUCAAUGCGUCUUUCAGCAAGACCCUCCUCUCCCAGCUCGGAGAGUGUGAGAACUCAGGAGCUGACACGCUGACAAAGCAGCUAGUGAUGGCGGUGGUUUCCUCUGAGAAGGGGGAUUCCCUCAGCCCCCAGACACUGCAGUCUUUAGGCUCAGCCGUGUCAGCCCUGCCUCUCUCCCAGCUGGACAAGCUCAAAACCGCCGAUGUCCAGGAAACCCUGUCCACCUUCAGCAAGGCCAAGUGGAUCCCUGCGCAGGCUCAGACCCUGGCCAGCAAGCUGCUGAGGGAGGACGAGGAGGUGUCUGGUGAGAAGCUGGUGUCUCUGGGUUCGGUGGUGCGAGGGGUGGCGAGCUCCAUGCUCCAGAAAGCCAAGGCGAAGGAGCUGCUGGGUACAGAAGAACUGGAAACCAUGAGCCGUGAGAUGUCUUCGCUACAGAGGACGGCGCUACUGGAAGGGCUGCGCAGCGGUGUGAAUGCAUCAGCUCUGGUGCGCAGCAUCUCCGGCCCCCUGCUGGCCAGCCUGUCCCUGUCCACCCUGGAGCAGGCCGACCUGCGAUCUGUGGAUGAGCUGGAGGGGAAGAACUGGACCCGGGCCCAGUCAGCGUUUCUGGUGAGGAAGGUUCUGGGAGGGACUAUACAGCCUAAAGACAUUAUGAAACUGAACUCGGCGGUGCAGGGUGUGACCUGUGAAAUGAUUGACCGCGUCAAUAAGAGUGACAUUUUGGAGGUGGCUCAGACACUGACACGGAGCAUGCACUGGCUCACCAUCACACAGGUGUGCUGUUCUGCGAAGAAGCUCUUCUCCAGCCUGGAACAGCAGAGGCCAGGCUAUUUCACCAACAUCACUGACUCUGAGCUGAGGGCCAUUCCUACACCGCUGCUGAUCCACUUGCCUGAAAAGCAGAUCCUGGGUCUUCCAGACUCGGUGUGUUCUGGCUUCCUGGCGAAGAUGCUGGAGGCCAACCUCUCCACCCUACCCCUCAGCUCCCGUUCCCGCUCCGCCCUGGUGGAGAGGGCCCUGGCGUGCCUGAAGAAAAACGUGUCCGAUUUGACCACUGCUGACGUCACCAGUCUGGGGCCGCUUGUGUGUGAGCUGGGGCCAUCACGCCUCUCUGCCCUGGCUUCUGAUGCCCGCAACGCCAGCCUGCUGGCCCUGGCCAAGUGUCAGCAGAUCCCUCGCAUCAAUAGGGCAGCCAUCUUCAAACUGGUCAAGGAUGUGUAUGGUGACCCCUCAAGCUGGUCCUCCAGCACAAUGACAGUAAUGGGGCCCCUCCUCCUGCUGAAUGACUCUGCGCUCAGCUCUCUGACUUACAAGCCCUGGCUGAAAAGCAUUCUGACGGAUCUGAAGGACAGCCUGCCCCCUCCCCUGUCCCAGCCUGCCCCAGAGGAGUUUCGCACCCAGCCCGAUCUCUCCCCACUGCUCAAGAAGCUCUUCUUUCUCACCACCACCCGUGCACCAGCCGCCAACGUUAGCCGCAGAAGGAGAGAGGCCCUAUCCAUAGAGUCCCCCACACUGUCUCUGAUUGAGGAGCUGAGGGAGAGGAAUGUGUACUGGAGCCCAGUCCAGCUGGCCAACAUGUCUGAUGAGGUCUUCACUGAGGCCGUGCCCAUACUAGGGGGAGUCCGCAACUACAGCAUGCAACAGCUGAAAGCUCUGAGGGCCAGAGCCAUCCAGGUGUGGGGUGCGGCACACUCCCUCUCUGAGACUCGGGUGCGGCAGCUGGGCUGUGUGUGUCAGGGUUUUAACUCUACAGAGCUGCAGGACCUCAACAUCACCUCGCCGGACACUUUGGAGCUGCUGUCCCCCUGCAACUGGACGCACCCCCAGAGAGAAGCGGUGUGGAAGGGCUAUGCGAAACGUGCUGGUGUGACAGUUGGAUCACUGGGAGCUCUGGAGAUCGUGGGAUUGGGUCAGUUCAUCUGCGGGAUGAGCCGAGAGGAGGCAGGGCAAAUCAACACUACCGCCUUCAGGGAGGCGGUGAAGGUUGUGGGCAGUGUCCAGUGUCCUCUUAACAUAACGGAGCUGCUGAAGGAGAGGGCAGUACGUGUGUUCGGCCUGCCAAGGAACUGGACUGAGGCCCAAGUCAGCACCCUGGGAAACAUCAUCGCUGGUCUGAAUGCAACGGAGCUCCAGAGUCUCAGUCCAUCUGUCCUUUCUUUCCUCAGUCAGUCCGUCAUCCCUCUCAUCCCCCCCAGUUGCCUGGCCGCGCUCUCGGCCAACCAGCUGAAGGCCUUGGGCCCUGACAACGCUGCCAUGGUGACCGAUGCCCAGAGAGUGGCUCUUGGGGACCUCCAGCGGGCGGCCCUGGGGGAGGCUCUGGGGGUGUCCGUUCAAAAAGCUGAGGUCAUCACCCAAAGCUCACCAACUCCAGUGCCGCAGCAGUAUGGAGGAGCCCCCAGACUGUGGAUUAUGGGAAGUGUAGUUUUCCUGCAGCCCCUGCUUUUGCUUAUCCUAGGGUAGGCUCAUUAGGGGUAUACCAGAACCCGUCCACCCUGGGUUCCUAAUAACCUCAGCUAUAGUCCUGUACCCUUUCCAUUAAUAACCUUUAAAUUAUGAAAAGGAACACAUUUAUAGAGGAAUAUUCUAUAUAUAUGAAAUGCUGUAACAGAUUAUAAAUCUACAGUAGCCCCUAGCUUUAUACAAUACACGAGUAACUUCAAUAUAAUAAAUUCUUAGAUGAUGCAUUGUACUCAUUACGUUCUCAUUACUAGAAUAAGUUGCUUUGACAGAGAAUAGUCUAAAAUCUGAAGAAA